AUGACAGCAGACUGCAUAUCAUCAUCAACGAAAAAAUCACCUGUGUCGGAGAAUUCAGAAAAAAAACAUUCUGAUAAAGAAACUUCACUUGGUGUUGAAAUCCAAAUUGAUCAAAAUUCUAGAGGUGAACUUGGAAUGUCUACAGUUAAUUCCAAUAAUCAACAGUCAUCAAUACUUAAUAAUAUACUUAAUUUUCAAGCACAAAACGGUUCUUCUGGUGGUAAUAAUUUUUUAUUACAACCACAACAAAAUAGUAAUCAAUUAAAUCAACGACUUUUUCCUACAAAUAGUAAUGGUAUUAGUAACAGUCAUAUAAAUGAAACCAAUUCACAAUGUAAUACUCUUGGUAAUAAUGGAUUUUUUCAAACUCCAGGACCUUUAAUACCAUCUAUCUCUGGAAAUGUUCCUCAAGAUCAUGAUAUAAGUUUGUGGGCACAACAAUUUUUAAACAACUAUCAAAAUUUUAUACAUCAAUCACAAGCAGUUGCAGCAUCCCGCCCCCAAAACUUACAAUUGACUAUGCUAAAUGGAAAUUUACCGCUUCAACCAUCAUUGUCAGGUGGUACCCCUAUUGAUAUUCAAAGUACAUUAAUGGAAAAUAUUUUAAAUUGGAAUAAUCAUAAUAGUAUUACUUUUAAUAAUCAAUUUAAUAAUCAAAAUAGAAAAAGAAGAAAUCUUCAGGCAUUGUCUUUGUCAUCUAGUUCCACUAAUUCUGGAUCAACUUUAUCUCAAAGUUCUGGAUCCUCUUCUUCUAGGACAAUUAAUACACCAUUAGUGGAUCCCUCAACAAUUAUUAAUAAUAGUGGUGGUAUAUCAUUAAGAGGAAUGUCAUCUUUUGAUAUUCAUAAUACAUUUAAUCUUGCAAGUCAAAUGAAAUUAGUUCAACAGAUGAAUGCUUUACCAGCACAAUUAAUAAAUAAUUCAUUUUCAUCGACACUUCAACCAACGACAAAUUCUUUGAAUAUGCCUUUUAAUGGACAAGGACCUAGUCUGGGAAAUUUAAUUACUGGAACUAAUCAAAAUUUUGAUAAUACAUCUCAAAAUAUUGUUCCACCAUCUCAACAACAUAUGCCAUCAUUUCAACAACAACAACAACCACUUCGUCCCACUAGACGUGGUCGACCUCCAGGCGCUAAUAAUAGUUUUCGUCAUCUUCUCCAACAAGUUCAUCAAUUAUCUCCUACAGUAGUUGGAAGAAAUGAUGAUUUACAACAUUCUCAACCUAAAAAAGAAGAUGUUGAACAGACAUGUCUAUGGGACAAUUGUAAACGUGUAUUUCCUAAUCAACAAGGACUAGUUGAACAUUUAUCAGCAGAUCAUAUCUCUCAUUUGGACAAAUAUUAUUGUAAAUGGGAAGGUUGUGAUAGAGAUUACCCAUUUAAGAUGCAAUAUAUGUUAGUUAUGCAUAUGCGUCGUCAUACAGGAGAAAAACCAAAUGCUUGUACAUUUCCAGGUUGUUCUAAAUCUUAUUCAAGGUUAGAAAAUUUAAAGACACACCUUCGUACACAUACAGGUGAAAAACCAUAUGCUUGUGAAUUUUAUAAUUGUGAUAAGGCAUUUUCAAAUGCUUCAGAUAGAGCUAAACAUAUGAAUAGAACACAUAGUGAUAAAAAACCAUAUAUUUGUCCAGAAGAAAAUUGUACUAAAGCUUAUACUGAUCCAAGUUCUUUAAGAAAACAUAUUAAAACUGUUCAUGGGGAGGAGGCUUAUGAAAGAGCUAAACAAAAUAAGGCUAAAAAUUCAAGAAGAAUUUCUCAGGAUUAUAGGAAUGGAGAAAGAUGUAAUAGUAUUUAUAAAAGACCAAAAGUUGAUGGUGAGGAGGGUAAUGAUGAAGAAAAUGGUAAUUGUAUUAAUUCAACAACUGGUAAUCAAGAUUCAAAGGGUCCUGAUGGUGAACAUUAUUCAACUUUAACACGAUUGCUUAAUAAUUCUUUAUCACCAAAUAUUAAUGGUAUUCAUAUUGAUAAUCAAUCAUCAGGUAAUGAUACAUUUAUUACACCAUCAACAUUUUCUUCAACAACAUCAUCAAGUUCAGGAUUAUCACCAUCUGGAUCAGGACCUCAUAGUCCAGAGUCAACAUCACCAAAUAAAAAUGGUAAUAGUCAACCAAAAUUAAAAUUUUCUGUGGAAGGUAAUAUGUUACCAGGUUUGAUGCAAGAACUUUCAUUAGGUGGUACUUCAAUGACAAAAGAACAAUAUUCACAGUAUCAACAAGGAGAAGAUUUAGUUAGUCAUCAUCAAAAUUCACAGGAAUUAUCUGGUAGAAAUAAUGGAUUAGGACGGAGUAAUAAAAAAAAUUAUCAUAAUACUCAAACUACAAAUAUUGGUUUGGAGGAUUCAUCUGGUCAACAGAUUAGAAGAAAUUUUAAAAAAGGUGGUAUAAAUGUUAAAGGUAGAACACAAUUACCAAAAGACAAUCUUCGACAAAAUAUAACUGAAGGGUCAUUUUCAAAUAAUUUUACACAACCUAAUCCUCAAAAUUACCAUCAACAUCAUCAUCAACAACAACAAUACCAAGGAAACAAUUAUUAUUCUAAUAAUACAAAUAGUAAUAAUUAUGAAAAUUUUUAUCAAAGACAAGAAGUAAAUUUUUAUAAUAGAAAUUAUCAAUCUCAAGAAUAUAUAGGUCCUCAAAAUAAUAUGAUAUAUUCUCCAUAUAAUCAACAAUAUUAUAAUAAUGGUAAUUAUAGUACAGUAAAUUCUAUUAAUAGUUCUAUUACUAUUGUUUCCAAUCCAUCAUGUCCACUAGGACAUUCCAGAAUUCAUCCACAAAUAUCAUUUGUAACACGUAGUAAACCAAAUCCUACACCAACUUCAGAAUAUGAAGAUGGUACACAUCCUUAUCAAUAUAAUAAUCCAUAUGCUUCUUCAACAAUAGAUCAAUAUUAUUGUAAUGAUACAGAAACUGGUAAUGAAGUUAUGAUGGGUAGUGAAUAUAUGGUAACAUCACCACCUAUUUUGUAUCAUCAACAAAAUGGAGUACCAAAAGAUUCUAGUGAGUAUUAUAAUAUACAACAAGAAUAUGAGGUGCAACAAAAUAAUAUAUAUCAACAAUCUUCAUUACAAUUACCUACUAUAAAAGAAGAAAAUGUUGAAACAAUAUCAGAAUGUCCAUUACAUGAUUCAUUACCAGUAUCAAGAUUUAUUACAGAUAUUCAUGAAGAGAUGGAAGAAAUUACACCAACAUUUAAUUUGUAUACUGAAACUGUUCUUCAGGAAGUCUCUUCAGGAGAAUUAUGUGAUUUAGGAGCAAAUGCAUUGUCUGGAGUAGUAGAACCUGAACCACAUCUUCAAAUAUUGCCAAAUUCUCAUUCUAUUAGUAAUCAAGUUGUUCCUCUAAAUAGUAACAAUAAUCAUUCUGGUGUGUUAUCAUCAGAUAUUAAUGAACAAAGAAGAGAGAAGUAUAAUGAAAAAUAA